AUGAAUCCACCAUUUUUGCCUAAACGAUGUGCCAUUGUGAGCAAAAAUGGUAAGCAAUAUUUGUUUCUUGUAGUCCCCAAUCCAGCGCCACCACCCAAACCAAUCAUCGAAUCGUUAAUGGAAUUUGAUAGCGCCCCUGAAGCUGACUCAGAAUCAAAUGUCCAUGCAACUGAUUCAAGUGGUAGCACCGAUAGUACGAAGUAUGCCUCAGGUUCGGCCUGGCGAUGGGGGUCAAAAGUGGUCCUCACAACUGUGGAUGAUAGCGGCGAUUUCCGCAUUUCGGCUUCUUUCAAAAAGACCGAGUUUGUAUCACUUGAAGAUGCGUAUUCUCAGUGCGGACCUUUUGACGAGCUUCAUGAAUACCACACACAAUUUGGCUGUGUUGUACUUGAUAAGGCUUACAUCUUAGUUGCCUCGUCAAUAGAACAGGCUGUUGUCUUACCUUUUAAUGGCCAUAUUUUUAGAGUGCUCGAAGCAAAGUGGAUUCCCUUUGUUUUACCUCAUGUAUUGCCAGUCAAGAUGAGCUCUACAGAUCAGAAUCGUUUGGAGGACUUCCAAUUUCAUUACGACAGCAAAGGAUAUUACUACUCGGAUGAUGUUGAUUUGCGACUUCAGUUUCCUUUCAUUCCUUCCAAAGAUGAAGCAACACAGCAGGACUUUUUUUGUGAUUGGUCCCAUCAUCUUAGAAAACGCUUUAGCUCACCAUCACUGCAUAGAGCGUGCAGCAUAUUGAUCCGCGGUUUUGUGGGUGAGCGGGUAUGUCCUUUAACUGACGGCGGUGAGCUUCAUAUGAUGCUCUUGGGACGCCAGAAUUACCUGAACCCCGGGCCUCGUUAUUUUGGACGAGGUCUCAAUGAUAUCAACGCAGUAGGCAAUGAACAUACAUAUGAAUACAUCAUGUGGAAGAAUCAGGGCGGUAUGUCCGUAGCGUAUGCUCGCCACACAAUCCUUCGUGGGACAAUUCCAGUACGUUGGACAAGCCAGCCAGGCAUGGCAAUAUCAGAGCCACGCAUGAUUUUCAGCACGGACAAAUCUGACGUUAUCCGAGGCUCUAGUGCGUACUUUGAAAAUCUCUUCGGAAUGCUUCAGAGAAUAUGUCGAGGGGACACAGCUAAUGCGGAUGAUGUGACCAUGUCCAGCCCCAAGCUGUGCUGCAUUAACCUUCUUCGGUUCAACACGCACGCGGAUGAAAGUGCCUUGACUCAGUACUUCACAGAAUCGGUGCGCCAGGCGGAGACAGUUUUAAAGAAAAAUUUCCAAGGAAGCUGUAUUGACCUGGCUCACGUGGAUUGGUUGACCCUAACAAAGGAAUAUGGCAUUGAGUUCACCAUCGCUUCAUUCUGGCAGUCCGCGAUGGGCUUCCUCGUGGGACAAGGGGACCCGGUAAAGGACUCCAUAAAGUCAGUGGGAGUCAUCAGAGCCGAUGGUACCGUGGAUCGCUUGAUGGCCCAAACACGCUUUCUUCGCAUUAACUGUGCCGACUCGUUGGAUCGUACAAACUUGGGUUGCUUUUUCACUUGUCUCCAGGUCAGCAUUGGGAUGCUCCUUACGCUUCACGUCCCGUUUAAGGGAUUCCGCUAUAACCAACCGCUUCGCCCGAUCAGAGAUGUCAGCGAGGUGGAUAGCCCCAAUGCCUAUGCCACAUCCUUUGCGCCCAUUUCCGAUUUAAGGCAAACAGUGCCCAAGCCUUACCUGAAUAUCUGGGACGAGGCAUACGACCCCGAUCGAUUACCUGGAGCGGUGGCAUGUGCAUUGGCAGGACUCUUUGUAGACAACGGCGAUUGUGUAGCGAUGUUGUAUACCAAUUCCCAGGCUAUGCACAGCAACCUCCUUCGGGGGAUCUUUGGGGCGCGGUCAACUGGGUCAAACGCCCUCAUCGCAACGCAGCGGAGGUACGAGAACGUGUUUGAGGAUGGAAAAAAGUUCAGAAACACUGAACUUCUUCUCGGUCGAAACUAUGACGUUCAUUUACCGUCUGUAAGCCCAAUCUUCCUGACGCGGCCUGUUGCCUAUCGCCAAUGGGUAUGCGCUCUCGUCGUGAUCGGAUUGAAAAGUGGCGUUCAGGCCACUGAGGUGGAGGCGGCUGUUUGCCAGGCGUGGGAUAACAACGUCGUCCCGCAGCUGCUUCAACGCGGGAAGGUACCGAUUGAAAGCAGUGCGUUAUGCCUCAAUAUCACGGUGAAGCCGGAAAAGUGUGUGAAUCAGUUUGAUGCCUUUUCGGCUGCGAUGCAAUCUCCACCCAAUAUCGAUUCAUCCCGUGUGUUGGACGAAGAGGAGAAGGCGAAUAUGACCUUCCGAGAUGAAAAGUUCGCGGUUAUUCAGUUUGACCCCGACGUCUGCUGCGUUCUGGACGCCCCUGCUUUACUUCAGCAGUAUGGUUGCAUUUUCAUAAGAGGACAUCUCUGCACACUGGCCCAAUACUCGUACCCCAUUAUGGAUGUCGAGAAUUCUCAUAGAAUGAGUGCAACGAUAAAGAAUGUCAGUGCAACGUUAAAGAAAGGAUUCAAGAAAUUUGUUCGAAACCUCAACUGA